CAUUACCUCCCGACUGCACCCCACAAGAAACCCAAGAACAUCCAGAACAAAUCUUGGUGGAGCGCCUGGAGCAAACGAGACAGACCCCAGACCGGCGGUACCACACGCACCCGCACCGCACGGCUUUGGUUUUUUUUCUCCUCUCCUAUACUAUACCAACGCUCCCUCCCCAUUUUCAUCCGUCAAUUCCCUUGACUCGACAAAUCACGGUUUCCUAUACCUAGGUAUCUUUUGUGCACACGGCCAGAAACCAGAGAGAUACUGCUUCUCUCAUACAUACCGACAGUGUGCCACCGACUCAACUCGACUCACCCACUCACCCACACGCACUCUAUGAGGGGAAAUAACACCGCUGCUGCACCCAAUCAAUCGCUCAUGAGCAGCCAGCCAAGCUGCCGCACCUACCGCGCAUGACGUUGCGACAUUGCACGCAGCAAUCCAACCUUUCAACCUCGCUCGCUCCCUUGGCUCGACCUUGCUCACCAUGGCUGUCGUUCUGCAAUCUGACGACAACAGUUAUUUCCAGACUGGAGGUCUGAGGAGGUCACAUUCACAACCCAAAUUCGGCUCACAACAUUCCUCAGCUCCCUUCCGCCAGUCCACCUCGGCCUCACACAUAGCCGACUCAUACAGCCACCACAUGAAGCACUCGACAUCACCCACGUCAGUGGCCAUCUUCUCGGACUCGGAAGACGACACGGAUUUCUCGCUACCCAACUAUGCAAGCAGCACCAGCGUCACCACCGGCUACUCUUCCAGCGAACUGGACGACAUGGAGGCACCAUCAAGUCCAAGGACUGGCGAUACGUCCAGCAUAAACGACGACGAUACAACCCCGACGGAGGACUCGUCGCACCCCAUAACCCCGUCCGAACACGCCGAUGAUGACCUUACCAUGAGUCAUCGUCCUAAGCAGCACGUUGACUAUCUCUCCCACAACUGGAGAGAAGAGGAUAUUUGGGAAUCUUGGAAGUAUGUUGUGGCCAGGCGGCAGGAGUAUGGAAACUCGGCACGCCUGGAGAAUGCUUCGUGGAGGACGUGGAUGAAGGCAAAAAACAACUUGCCUACGGUAUCCCCGGAAUCUGUUAAUUGGCUCAAGGACUGUGACGUGACAUGGUUGUAUGGCCCUCUACAGAUGGCCUCCAGCAGGUCCGACCCAGUCGAGAUCUCACGCCGUCAGAGUGAGAGGCCCAAAUCGACCACCACGGACAAGAAGCCUAUCCUCAAAAAGCGAAGCAUGUCGGAGGUUAUGCUUCAGAGGUCGAUAUCGACGUCUUCUCUGGUCAGACAGGCAGCCGCUGCCGUGCAGGCACAACAAAAAGAAGGCGUGCUCAGGCCAUCAGCCCGACCGAGGCUGGAAAGAGCAGCGACAGAUUACAUUACCUUGCCACUUUCUUCUAGGAAUCUUAGCCCAGGAACUGCUGGGUCAAGUCACGCUGCUAGCAGUUCUUCAUCCCGACUUGAGUCGCCCUCUGGCGAGAGAAAACACAUACAUUUCAAAGAGGAGGUCGAGCAGUAUAUAGCUCUUGAUGUCAGGGGAGACGACGAUGACAACAUGUGUCCUGUAGAUGACAGUGACUCGGAGAACGAAGCUCUCAUGAUGAGGCGUACCAAGAUCAAGAAGAAGAGACCUGUUCUUCGUAGAACCGGAAGCUCGGGGGCUGAGAAGACUAUUGCGCCAUUACCUUCGACGACCCUCAAGUAUACAGGCUGCGAGGGGGAGGACGAUGCAUCAUCGGCCAUGAGACACAGUUAUCGGAGUCCGACAUUGACACCCUCUUCGUCGCAGGAGACUUUGAGACCAACCAAACGGGGAGGCGAUGAGUACGAGGAGGGCGAUGAAACCUCCUGUUCUAAAACAAAGGGGAAGGGGAAGAAAUCGGGUGGAUUUUCAUUCGCUUCCGACAGUGAGGACGACGAAAGUGACGAUGACAUGCCUACCAUGGGCAAGGGCAAGGGCAACACACCCUCCACUGGCUCCGGACUGAAGCGCACGUCCUCGUCUAGUGGUCUCGCAAAGCGAACAUCUUCAUCAACCAACCUCGCUGCCGCCGCAUCCUCCAUGACCGAGUCGACAAGCAGCACUGGAGGAAUGCGACGGACAGAAUCCGCACGAGAUAUUGCGCAUGUCAUUUGGAACGUUGGUUGGACAAAGUAGCCUUUUUGUCUAUUACUGAGAGCGAAGUGUGCGGUGCGCAUUUAAGGGAGAUUGUAUUGGUUACAAGGCCUGAGUCUAAUAUCGGCCCGGCCAAGUGUCGGAGACUUGCUUUCGAGGACGAGCUACAACCGGCAUCUAUUCAUGGCUGGCACAUCACCUAUCACAACAUUUCGGCAACAGCGAGGAAGUCAGGACACUGUGAAUGGCAACCACGUCGCACAAUAUGUACUAGGUGGCAGUGUGGCCGACGAUGGAUGUGGGAUUACACGACUAUCCGCACCGAACAUUCUCCAAGACAUCGAUCUUGUGGGACAUGUUGACUGGCCCUAACGUCGGGAUCCCCGCUCAGAUCUACUCACCAGAAAUCCCCAAAACGAACACCGCAUUCACGAGUAUCUUAUCAACGACGAAACACCAUAUACUUGGCUUGUGGCAGGUCACACCAAGUCAUGGUAUUCGAAAAGCUCUCGAACCAACUUGAUCAAUCUCUGAGCACUUGCGUGCUAUCGCACGAACUAUCAAGACGAUUCAUAAUCGACCCGAAGAGGUCAUCCAUCAAGCGAGCGACCUCCGGCUGUAUGUUUUUUGUUUUACUAUAAUCGUGGGACGGAUUCCUUCAUUCAAGCUUAGGGCCAUGGCUGUGGUGUUCCGGUCUUGUUUUCAUUUUCAGAAGUUGUCGACAUGAUCAACUGUUUGUCUUUUUUUUCAACCAUUUAUGGGGCAACUAAUGUUUUAGCCCUCACCUUAUCUGUCAUUUCCAAGACUUGUUCCGGAGGGGUUUCCACAUUUAGGCGUUUCUUGUUCGGUUCUCGAGGGACGUGCAAUACCCAUUCCUAUGCACAGGCACAAUCAACGACCAAAGGUACCGGGGCGUCAGAUGCAUACAAAAAAAGUUUCUGUUUGUUCUGUUUUUAUUUUGGGACUACGGGUCAAAAGUCACGGGGUAUGUCUAUUUUACUGGAACUUCUUGUGCCGUUGGUUUGCCCUUAUGGGCAAAAUGCGGGCGUUUUGAGGAUUUAUAGAGAACAAGCGUUGAGUAAUACAGGGGUUGUUAUGGAGAAGCGGGCCGGCGAAUGAAAGAAUGAGGAAGAUGAGCAGUCAGAUAGCGGAGCUGAAAGUCUGUAUCUACCGGUAGCAAAGAUGAACAUGAGAGCUGGAGAAGUAGUCAAGUUCCCAUUCUGAGCAG